AGAAGAUGAGAGAUCCAGAACCUGAGCAGAAUCAAACACACCAGAAGAUACUGAACAACAAACAGAAAUUGAUGUUCAGUGAAACUCCUCCCACAACAAUCACACAUUCACUGAUUCACCAAUAAAUGCUGGAAUAUUCCCAUCAAUUCACAAGUGAAGACGAGCAGGAAGAGCUGAAAUCUGCAAAGAGUGAGUUUAUUACAGAGGGACAGAGAGAAGAGGAGAGAUCCAGAACACUGCAGAAUUAAAUACACUGAAGAACAAACAGUCCUGCAGAAGCACCAGAAAGUUCAUACAAAGGAGAAGCCACAUUCAUGUGAUCUGUGUGGAAAGAGUUUUGCACGUCUCAAAAAAAAAAAAAAAAAACAUUCAGAAAAUGCAUACUGGUGUGAGAGAGUACAUGUGCACUGAGUGUAAAAAGACUUUUACUCCAGCAAACAGUUUAAAACAGCAUGAGAGGAUACACUCUGAAGAAAAACCUUACAUGUGUUUACACUGUGACAAGAGAUUCAGUGAUUCAGGUCACGUAAAAACACAUGAGAAGAUCUACACUGGAGAGAAACCACACUCAUGUUAUCAGUGCGGGAAGAGAUUCACAAUAAAUAGGAAACCUUACAGUACACAUGAGAGUUCAUACUGGAGAGAAACCGUUCACUUGUGAUCAAUGUGGGAAGAGUUUUACACAAUCAGCAAACCUUAAGGAUCACAUGAACAUCCACACUAGAGAGAAACCGUAUGCAUGUGAUCAAUGCGGUAAAACAUUUAUGCGGGCUUCAAUACUGAACAGACACUUGAAAGUUCAUACAAAGAAGAAGACACAUUCAUGUCAUUUGUGUGGAAAGAGUUUUUCACGUCUACAAAGUUUGAAGGAACAUCAGAAAAUACAUACUGGUGUGAGAGAGUACAUGUGCUUUGAGUGUGAAAAGACUUUUACUACAGCAAACGGUUUAAAACAGCAUGAGAGGAUACACACUGGAGAAAAACCUGGAGAGAAACCGUUCACUUGUGAUCAAUGUGGAAAGAGUUUUACACAAUCAGCAAACCUUAAGGAUCACAUGAACAUCCACACUAGAGAGAAACCGUAUGCAUGUGAUCAAUGCGGUAAAACAUUUAUGCGGGCUUCAAUACUGAACAGACACUUGAAAGUUCAUACAAAGAAGAAGACACAUUCAUGUCAUUUGUGUGGAAAGAGUUUUUCACGUCUACAAAGUUUGAAGGAACAUCAGAAAAUACAUACUGCUUUGAGAGAGUACAUGUACUUUGAGUGUGAAAAGACUUUUACUUCAGCAAACAGUUUAAAACAGCAUGAGAGGAUUCACUCUGGAGAAAAACCUGGAGAGAAACCGUUCACUUGUGAUCAAUGUGGAAAGAGUUUUACACAAUCAGCAAACCUUAAGGAUCACAUGAACAUCCACACUGGAGAGAAACCGUAUGCAUGUGAUCAAUGCGGUAAAACAUUUAUGCGGGCUUCAAUACUGAACAGACACUUGAAAGUUCAUACAAAGGAGAAGACACAUUCAUGUCAUUUGUGUGGAAAGAGUUUUUCACGUCUACAAAGUUUGAAGGAACAUCAGGAAAUACAUACUGCUUUGAGAGAGUACAUGUACUUUGAGUGUGAAAAGACUUUAGCAGACAGUUUAAAACAGCAUGAAAGGAUCCACACUGGAGAGAAACCACACUCAUGUGAUCAGUGCGGGAAGAGAUUCACAAUAAAAGGAAACCUUACGAGAGUUCAUACUGGAGAGAAACCGUUCACUUGUGAUCAAUGUGGGAAGAGUUUUACAUAAUCAGCAAACCUUAAGGAUCACUUGAAUAGCCACACUAGAGGGAAGUGGCACACAUGUGAUCAAUGCGGGAAAACAUUUAUGUGGGCUUCAAUACUGAACAAACACUUGAAAGUUCAUACAAAGGAGAAGCCACAUUCAUGUCGUGUGUGGAAAGAGUUUUUCACUUUUAUAAAGUUUGAAGGAACAUCAGAAAAUACAUACUGCUGUGAGAGAGUACAUGUAAUU